CCCGAGACCUCCUCCUCUUCCUCCUCCUCCUCCCGCUUCGUCUCCUCCUCUUCUCGUUUUCCCAAUGCCGUGUUGUUCUCGCGACGAGAUGCCCUAACCCUAACCCUAGUAGGAGAGAUACAGAGAGAGGAGAUAUCUAAUGGGUCAGUGCUACGGCAAGAACGUCGCAAUCGGCGGCGGCGCCACCGCGAAGCGGAAGCAUAGAAUCGUCGGCGGCUGCGGCCGCGGCGGAGGAGGAGGUGGAGGUGCCCCGGGUCACCACUCGUCCUCCGCCACAUGGCCCAGCCCCCACCCCGAAGGCUCCGCAAGCCCGCUCCCCGCGGGCUCGGCAAGCCCCCUCCCCGAGGGCUCGGCAAGCCCCCUCCCCGCGGGCUUGUCGCCGUCGCCGGCGAGGUCGACACCGCGGCGGCUCUUCCGGCGGCCUUUCCCGCCGCCGUCGCCGGCGAAGCACAUCAGGGCGACGCUCGCCAAGCGGCUCGGCGCGGUGAAGCCCGCGGAGGGGCCGAUCCCCGAGGACGCGGGCCCGGCGGCGGCGUCGGCGGCCGCGGCGGCGGCGUCCGCGGCCGCGGCGGCUACGGCCGCGGCGGCGACGGAGGCGGAGGAGGCGCUGGAUAAGAACUUCGGGUUCGGGAGGGGCUUCGCGGCGAAGUACGAGAUAGGGGACCUGGUGGGGAAGGGGCACUUCGGGCGCACGUGCGUCGCAGUGGUGAAGAACGGGGAGACGAAGGGCCAAAUUGUGGCCGUGAAGAUCAUACCCAAAGCUAAGAUGACCACAGCAAUUUCUAUCGAAGAUGUUCGUAGGGAGGUGAAAAUCCUGAAAGCUUUGUCUGGACACAAACAUCUUGUCAAGUUUUAUGAUGCUUGUGAGGAUGAUCUGAAUGUCUACAUAGUCAUGGAAUUAUGUGAAGGUGGAGAGUUAUUAGACAGAAUUUUAGCCAGGGGUGGACGGUACAAUGAAGAAGAUGCAAAAGCAACUGUGAUUCAGAUAUUGAGUGUUGUUGCCUUUUGUCAUCUUCAAGGAGUUGUGCAUCGCGAUCUAAAACCAGAGAAUUUUCUCUUCACCUCAAAAGAUGAAAAUGCUACCAUGAAGUUAAUCGACUUUGGUCUUUCUGAUUUUAUUAAACCUGAUGAAAGACUUAAUGACAUCGUAGGAAGUGCAUACUAUGUUGCCCCUGAGGUUCUUCACAGAUCAUAUAGUAUGGAAGCAGAUAUUUGGAGUAUUGGGGUCAUUACAUAUAUCUUAUUAUGUGGUAGCAGGCCUUUCUGGGCUCGGACAGAAUCGGGAGUCUUCCGUUCUGUGUUGAGAGCCGAUCCAAACUAUGAUGAUUCUCCAUGGCCUUCUGUUUCAGCAGAAGCUAAAGAUUUUGUAAAGAGGCUUUUGAACAAGGAUUACAGAAAAAGAAUGACUGCUGCUCAGGCUCUUGCUCAUCCUUGGUUACGAGAGGAACAACGACAAAUCCCUCUGGACAUGCUAGUGUAUAAGUUAAUCAAACAAUACCUAGUUGCCACUCCUCUCAAACGUGCUGCAUUAAGGGCCCUGUCUAAAGCUCUGUCAGAGGAUGAACUUUUGUAUCUUCGGUCACAGUUUGAGCUGCUAGAACCGAAUAAGAAUGGACUUAUAUCCCUUGAAAACUUUCGGAUGGCACUUGUGCGAAAUUAUACUCAAGCAAUGAAGGCAUCCAGGGUUCUCGACAUUCUGAAUGCAUUGGAACCGCUCACUUAUCGACGGCUAGAUUUUGAAGAGUUCUGCGCUGCGGCAAUAAGCCCUUAUCAGCUCGAGGCUUUGGAAAGGUGGGAAGAGAUGGCGAACACAGCUUUCGAGCACUUCGAACAAGAGGGGAAUCGAGUUAUAUCAGUUGAAGAACUGACACAGGAACUGAAUCUUGCUCCAUCGGCUCAUUCGAUCGUAGAAGAGUGGAUCAGAAAAACAGAUGGCAAGCUAAACUUUCUCGGCUUUACGAAAUUUAUACAUGGCGUCACGAUGCGUUACUCAAACGCGAGAAAAAACUGAAGUGUCAUCUGUUACUGCGACUGUUCAUAACAGUUGAAAAGCAGUGCUUGCAAAAUUUUUCAUCGGCCUCUUCUUUUGCGACUUCUCGUUGUUUUUUCUGUGCUGAAGUUGUCACGAAAGCUUUUGAAGCUUUAUGUAUAAAACUACCUGUAAAUAUACGACUUCGACAUAGUGGAGAUGAAGAUUUGUUGGGCAAUAUAAUAUUUUGUGUUCUUUUA